AUGACUGCUUGGAAGCAACGUCAAAGAUGUUCAGUUGUGCGUUAUCAAGAAAACUCAGAUAAGAUGGCACCGGCGAACGUUAUUGCGAUAGUCACACAGAAAACACUGCUUGAACUGACGGUGGUUGUGCACCGUCAACUGGUACCCAAGCUUACCACUAGCACACAGACUUCUGGAGAAGCGCAUCCACUUAGUAGGUACUUCGAGAAAAAAUCGGAAAGGNCAUCUUGGUGGGAAACAUGUUGUCGUUGCCAAGACAAUGUGUUGGAAGGAAAGGCAGCGCGACCGAUUCGAGGCCUGUCGUCGGCUUGUACGCGCUUCGCGCCUGCACCAGUUCUGAUGAUGACGUAUUUGGAUAAUUGCACGAGCAAUAUCAAGUCGACACUGCAUACUAAUGGACUACCUAUUGGAAUCGAUGCAAAUGGGAAAGCAAUAAACUACUUUUCUUUAUGCAGCUCGAAACUUCUGCCACUAUCUGCUGCUGCAGCCAAGUUGCUUUCUGAGCGUUUCAAAAAGUGGACUAUUCAUCCCGUCCCAUCGAUCCGAUUUUCCAGCAGGCUCGAGCCAAAAUGGAGGAUGCACGGGAUUUCCGGAGAUAUUCAUCUCCAGGAUCAGCUGCUAAGAGCUCAUGUACUGCAGCUGCGGAAGACUAUGGAAUAA